CGAGGGAAGGGGUGAGGUGCUCCCCGGUGCCCCCUACGUGACGUGCCCACCGUGGCCUCGGUGGCCGUGGUCAGCGGCUUGACCGCCAGUCGCAGCCGCGCCGCAGCACCAUGCAGUCCCUCCUCGUCCUCCUGGGCCUGUUCGCCCUGACCGCGCCCCUCCGCACAGCGCUGGCCAUCCCCACCACGGACCACAAGCUCCAGGAUGCCGACAAGGCCGUCGUCUCGCGCGUCGACUUCGCCGCGCACCACAAGGCCAUCGAGCUGCUCAUGUGCACGGCCGAGGAGUGCAACAAGUUGGCGGUGAACGGCGCCGCGACCGGGGGCGCCAUGAGCUACUCCUUCUACACGGGCUGCAACGCCCAGGGCGCGGGGCACUGCCACCUCAACCGCACGAUCUCCCCCAUCGACAACAAGCCGCUGUCCGCGGGCCCCGUGCAGUUCGUGACCAUGCGCCUGCCCAAGCUCUGGGCUGUCUGGCUCGACGGCCACCUGCGCCAGGCCCUGGUGCUGCCCGCGCCCGUCUGCAGCGACAAGCUCAAGAUCAAGCCCGCCCACGGCAACGACAUGCCCGUCAGCUUCUCCACCGUCAAGACCGAAAAGUUCGAAAAGGAGGACGCGUACGCCGGGCUGGAGCUGCCGUCGUCGGCCAAGGUCAUCGCCGACACUCUGGUGGAAAUCAUUACCUGCUCCUAGAUAUUUGUUCCUAAACAACUUGGUGUGUGAUUGACAUUGCAACCACACCGAUACGGUGUGCCGUUGAAAUACACCAAUCACUUUCCGGCACACGU